AUGGACCACAUACCGUCACUGCCCACGUCACACAACGGAAACACGGAGCUGUUAAUCUGGGUUGACCUGUUUACGGGUUUCGUCAUCGCGAAUGCAAGUGCGUCACGGACUGCGCAGACGCUAGCUGAGUCGUACGAGGAGACGGUCUUCAGGCGGUUCGGAGCUAGUGAAGCCAUUCGUCACGACCGCGAGCCGGGCUUCAUGUCCGAUUUCGUCAAGGCCUUCAACAAACUCAUGGGUCAACGGCAGCGAGCGACUCUCGCGUAUCGCCCACAAGCAAACGGGGCGGCGGAGCGCAUGGUGCAGACGAUCACGAGGGCCAUCAAGAUGUACAUCGCGGACAACGAUCAGCGCGACUGGGACGAGUACGCAGAACGGCUCACCUACGCCCUGAAUACCGCCCACGACGGAACACGGGACGAAACGCCGUUUUUCUUGGUGCAUGGAUGGGACCUACGGUCCACCCUUCACAUCGAGACCGCGUACGCCGUACGUCUGGAGACCAACGGAACCCCGUACCAACUGUUCCCAAUCGUGCACGUCUCGAAGCUGAAGCCCGUCCGCGAAUUCCCGUCUCGACCCGAGUUGCGAUUGACGGUGCCAGCGGAGGAGCGGUUCGACUUCGACGAAGAGCUCCUCCCGGAGGACAGCUAG